AUGCCAACUCUGAUUCGAGAUGCCUGUGGAGGAAUCACAGGUACCACCCAGGGCAAUGUUCUUUCUGUUGUCUGCACAGCGGAGUUACCCAAACCCAACAUCACGAGCAACAACUCCAAUCCCGUGGAGAAUGUGGAUUCUGUUGUAUUAACGUGUGGACCUCAGACUCAGAGCACAAGCUACCUGUGGUCAGUAAACAAUGAGAGCCUCCCGGCCAGCACCAGGCUGCAGCUGUCCCUGGACAACAGGACUCUCACUAUACACGGUGUCACAAGGAAUGACACAGGACCCUAUGAGUGUGAAACUCGGAACCCAGUGAGUGCGGGUCGUAGUGACCCAUUCACCCUGAAUGUUCUCUAUGGCCCGGACGCCCCCACCAUUUCCCCACCAGACUCCUCUUACCAUCCAGGGGCCAACCUCAGUCUCUCCUGCCACGCAGCCUCUAACCCGCCCGCACAGUAUUCUUGGUUUAUCAAUGGGAGGCCUCAGCCACUCACACAGGAGCUCUUUAUCCCCAACAUCACUGCCAAUGAUAGUGGAUCCUAUACCUGCCUCGCCUAUAACUCUGGCACUCGCCUCAGUAAGACCACAGUCAAGACUAUCACAGUCUCUGAGCCAGUGGCUCAGCCCUCUCUCCAUGCCUGCAACACCACAGUCACAGGAAAUAAGGACUCUGUGGUCCUCACCUGCUCCACAAAUAACACUGGGGUCUCCAUCCACUGGUUCCUCAAUGGCCAGAGUCUAAAGCUCACAGAGAUGAAGCUGUCCCAGGACAACAGCACCCUCACCAUAUGCCCUGUCAGGAGAGAGAAUGCUGGGAAUUUUCAGUGUGAGGUCUCCAACCCAGGCAGUUCCAGCCAAAGUGACCCCAUCAGGCUGGAUAUGAGCUAUGAAAGAAGCACCACAGGCCUCCCUGUGGGGUCCAUCACUGGCAUUGCAGUCGGGGUCCUGGUCGGACUGGCACUGGCGGCCGCCCUGGGUUGUCUCCUGUUCCACACAAGGACUGGAAGGGCCAGUGGCUGGUGUGAUCUCAGAGAGCUCUGUCGCCCAGCAUCCACUCCCCGCCAUGGUCCAGCCAGCAGCUCCGCAUCCCCGGACUCCCUGCCCAGCCCCACCACAGCCGUUCCCAUCUACCAGGAAUUACGACACCCCGACACAAACAUUUACUGCCAGAUCAACCACAAAGCAGAAAUGGCUUCUUAGUUUCCCCUGGGAACUGCUCCUUCCAGGGCCCUCCUGAGACCCCAGACUCUAGGUGGGGUCAGGAGCUGCAGCCUGAGCCAGAGAACCGGCUCUAAGCCCUGAAGAUAUUCAGGGACAAGGACCCAGGGUUGGGUCCCUCCUGAUUUCUGGAGACCCCUACAGGCUGCCCUGAACCCAGGACAAUGGCCCCCAUUUCCCAGGAAGUGGGGGUUCCCGGGAAAAGUGUCCUGACCCCUGACCCACCAGGGAUGAUCUGAGAGGAUCUGAAUAAAGAGGAUUCAUCCCCUCCUUGGCCCUUUUUUUGAUGAAUGGUAAUUUCUCUUAGCAGAAAUUUCCCCAGGGGCACCUGGCUG